AUGGAGAAAGCCAUCUACGACUUCUACUCUGAUUUCUUCGACAACCAUGUCCAUUUGCCUCCAGGGGUUCUCCCGUCCGAAAUACGACAUGCUGUCAUGUCGGUGAGAAAUCAUAAGGCACCCCCUCCCGACAGAAUAAGACCAGAACAACUGAAGAACCUCCCGCCAGUACUCAUCAACACCCUGGCGGGCUCUUCACACGUUACCCUGUUACCACGCAAGGUUCCUAAACAGUGGAAAACCAGCAAGACCGUGUUGUGGUAUAAAAAGGGAGAUUCACUUGACAUUGGCAACUAUCGCCCAAUCUGUUUACUGUCCGUCAUCUACAAGCUCUUUACAAGAGUGAUCCUUAAUAGAAUUGAAAAAGUCUUGAAGGACAGUCAUGCGAGCAAGCAGGCAUCAGCCAAGCGGAACGUUCAGCUGAAUCAACAAAAGACGAUGUUCAUGCGCAACGAAUGGGUCUCGGAUGCUCCAUUCACGCUCAACGGAACGAGCAUAUCCGAUUGCACCAGCUACGUUUAUCUGAGUCGGGAAUUGAACAUGAUGAACGACCGGACCCUUGAGCUUUGCAAGAGGAGACGAGCAGCUUGGGGAGCGUAUAAAAGCAUUGAGGAUGUAGCGAAGAAGACAAGGCAGACCCGGAUUCGUGCUCACCUCUUCAACACAACCGUACUUCCUGCUUUGACCUAUGCUUCGAAAACCUGGGCAGUUCGCAAAGAGGAAGAAAACGCGCAAGUGAGGGACGGAAUUCGGAGUUCUCUCCUACGUCAGCGAUCGAAGAUUAGGGACUCCGCUGCGUUUGCCAAGGAAAGUAAAUUAAGCUGGGCCGGACACGUGAUGCGCUUUAAUGAUAACCGUUGGACCACAGCCGUGAGCGACUGGGUUCCCCGCGAUAUUAAGCGCACUGCAGGAAGACAGCCGACCCGAUGGUUAGAUUUUUUCACGAAAUCCUUCAAGGAAAAUUAUGAUGCUUUUCGUGUCCCACGCGAUAGGAGGAACCACUCGACGACUCUGCCACGCGAUCGGGACAAAUGGAGGAAUUACUGGCGCCCGCUCGACCAUUUCGAAGAUCAACGGGAGUCAAGGACUUCCAUAGAAGUUCGUCGUGCGCGGCUUCGAGGCGCAGAGAGAGAAGAGGAAGAAGAGCAAGACGAUAUGGCAAGAUUAGAUUUCGCGACGGGAUCUGCUCUCUACAAAUGA